UUUAAUCGGCGAGAAGAGGAAGCUAGUAAAUAGGACCUGCUCCAUUCCCAUUUUCCUUCUUAAUCCAUGGUUAUAAUUACGUAUAUUCUAAUUACUUCUCAACCAAAAUGUUAAUAAACUAUUAUCUUUAUUUCUAUAGCAAUUGAUACAUGUAAAGAAACCCUAAUUUUGUCACUGAAAUUAGCUGAUUUUUCAUGUUCUUAAUGCUUCAAUUUCAUUGAGUAAUACUUUCUCUGUAAAAUUCGUAAUCUCUGAUCUUAUCGGUAUAACUUUAUAAGAUUCUGGAAAAUAAGAAAAAAUUAGCGCACAAUAAGGGAAUAAGAAAUGUCAGAAAAUAACGGGGAAAAGAAAGUGGCGGAUAGGUAUCUAAAGAGGGAGAUACUGGGUGAAGGUACUUAUGGUGUUGUCUACAAAGCCAUUGAUACUCAGACUGGACAAACAGUUGCAAUUAAGAAAAUUAGGCUAGGAAAGCAAAAGGAAGGGGUCGAUUUUACAGCACUUAGAGAGAUUAAACUGCUUAAAGAGCUUAAAUACCCAUUUAUAAUCGAGUUAAUUGAUGCAUUUCCUCACAAGGGGAACUUGCAUCUUGUGUUUGAGUUCAUGGAGACUGAUCUUGAAGCUGUCAUUCGUGAUCGAAACAUAUUCCUUUCGCCAGCUGAUAUCAAAGCUUACUUUCAAAUGACAUUGAAAGGACUAGCUUUUUGCCACAAAAAAUGGGUUUUGCAUAGGGACAUGAAGCCAAACAAUUUGUUGAUAGCUCCUAAUGGACAGCUUAAACUCGCAGAUUUUGGUUUAGCACGUAUAUUUGGAAGCCCAGAUCGCAAGUUCACCCAUCAGGUCUUUGCUCGAUGGUAUAGAGCACCUGAGCUUUUGUUUGGCACUAAGCAAUAUGGUGCUGGGGUUGAUGUUUGGGCUGCAGCUUGUAUUUUUGCUGAACUUCUACUCCGCCGACCAUUUUUACAGGGGGGCAGUGACAUUGACCAGUUAGGAAAGAUUUUUCAAGCAUUUGGCACUCCAACAGCUUCUCAAUGGCCUGAUUUGGUAUACCUCCCUGAUUAUGUGGAAUACCAAUUUGUUCCUGCACAACCUUGGCGUAAGUUGUUCUCAAUGGCUAGUGAUGAUGCUUUAGAUCUAUUAGCAAAGAUGUUUACUUAUGAUCCAAAAGUUAGAAUUACGGCGGAACAGGCAUUAGAACACAGGUACUUCUCUUCCGCACCUCUGCCUACAGAGCCAGCAAAACUUCCUAGACCUGCUCCAAAGCGGGAAUCUGUUAAUCCUAGGGCAUCAGAUUUUAAUCCACUGGAAGGACCUACUGUGUUAUCACCUCCAAGGAAGUCAAGAAGGGUGAUGCCUGAUCGUGAGGGAUUUGAGGGAAAUGCAUACCAAGUUGAUAAGACUGAUGAACGGGGUGACUUCAGGCAGGCAGCUGGUCAUACAGGCAGGAGUGAGCAGGUGCCGAUGUCCAUAGAUUUUUCUGUAUUUGGAUCAAAACCUAUGAGCAGGCCAACAAUUAACAGUGCUGACAGAUCCCAUUUAAAGAGGAAGCUAGAUCUUGACUUCCAGCACCCGGAAUAGAAAUCGUCAAAACCAUUAACUAUUGCUGAAUUUGACAGUCUGAGGAUGUAAUGUUUCCAGGGAAACAUUUGUGAGGUAAACAAUUAGCAUUGAUUUGUUGUAAUUAUGCGGCAGAAUAUCCCAUUUUUUUAAAUUGGCGAGCAAGAGCAUCUUUUUGAGUUUUAAUCACUUAUCUAGCACAAAGAAGAUAAUUAACUAUCACUUGUUUGAAGUUGUAUCACAGAUUAUUUGUCCAAAAUGCAUAUAGAAUUCAUGGGUGUUAGUUUUAAGAGAAUAUUGUUACUGGUUCAGAAUCAGUGGAAGUAUUUUUCUACUCAA